AUGUCCAGCCUCGACAAACCUUUCUCCUCUUCACUCAGCAAAAAGCGGUACGCCCCUGACUCCGACACCGACUCCAACACCGCCGGCCUGCCCUCAAUGAAGCGCAACAAGGGCGAGAACGGCGAGCUGCCGGAGAAGAGCAAGACGCCCAAAGUCGACUCCGACAGCGAUGCCUCAUCCACGAAGAAGUCCGCCAAGAAUCCGUACCUCGCGCACCUCGAGGACGACGGCAGCAACGGCAACGAUGGCGGCGUCUUUGGCCAGGGCAAGGGCAAGCAGCCUCUGUACAGCAGCGACGAUAACGGCUUCGCCGGCAUGACGCGCCACCAGACGACGGCCGAGCAGGUCUCGCGGGUUGAGCACGAGGAGUACAACGCCUUCACGGGCCGCCCGCACACGCAGCAGUACUUCCGCAUCCUCGAGACGCGCAAGGGCCUGCCGGUGCACAAGCAGCGCCAGGAGUUUUUGGACAUGUAUCACAGCACGCAGAUUCUCGUGUUUGUCGGCGAGACGGGUUCGGGCAAGACGACACAGAUUCCCCAGUACAUUCUCUACGAUGAUAUGCCGCAGCUGAGCCGCAAGAUGGUUGCGUGCACGCAGCCGCGGCGAGUCGCCGCCAUGUCCGUCGCACAGCGUGUGGCCGAUGAGCUGGACGUCAAGCUCGGCGAAGAAGUCGGCUACAGCAUCCGUUUCGAGAACUGCACAGGACCCAAGACGCUGCUCAAGUACAUGACCGAUGGUCAGCUGCUGCGCGAGUCCAUGAACGACCCGGACCUGUCGCGCUACAGCUGCAUCAUGAUCGACGAGGCGCACGAGCGCACGCUUGCCACCGACAUUCUGAUGGCGCUGCUCAAGGGUCUGGCGCUCCGCCGGUCGGACCUCAAGAUUGUCAUCAUGUCCGCGACCCUCGACGCGCAAAAGUUCCAGCGCUACUUCCACAACGCACCACUCCUGGCCGUGCCCGGUCGUACUCACCCGGUCGAGAUCUUCUACACGCCCGAGCCCGAGAAGGACUACGUCGAGGCGGCUGUGCGCACGGUGCUGCAGAUCCACGCGACCGAGCCCGAGGGUGACAUCUUGCUCUUCCUCACAGGCGAGGACGAGAUUGAGGACGCGUGCCGACGCAUCAACCUCGAGACAGACGAGAUGAUCCGCGAGUCGGACGCGGGUCCUAUGACGGUGUACCCCUUGUAUGGCUCGCUUCCACCGCACCAGCAGCAAAAGAUAUUUGACAAGGCACCCGAUGCGUUCAAAAAGGGCGGCCGGCCGGGCCGCAAGUGCAUCGUGUCGACCAACAUUGCCGAGACGAGUUUGACGAUUGACGGCAUUGUGUACGUGGUGGAUCCGGGCUUUAGCAAACAAAAAAUCUACAACCCGCGGAUCCGCGUCGAGUCGCUGCUCGUGACCCCUAUCUCACGCGCAUCGGCCAAGCAGCGUGCGGGUCGUGCCGGACGUACGCGGCCUGGCAAGUGCUUCCGGCUGUACACGGAGAAGGCGUUCAAGCAGGACCUGAUUGAGCAGACAUACCCCGAGGUGCUGCGGUCGAACCUGAGCAACACCAUUCUGGAGCUGAAGAAGCUGGGCGUGGACGACCUGGUGCACUUUGACUUUAUGGACCCGCCACCGCCAGAGACCAUGAUGCGCGCGCUCGAGGAACUCAACUACCUGGCGUGCCUGGACGACGACGGCGAGCUGACGCAGCUCGGCAACUUGGCGAGCGACUUCCCGCUGGACCCGUCGCUGGCCGUGAUGCUGAUCACAUCGCCCGAGUUCUACUGCUCCAACGAGAUCCUGUCGAUUGUAUCGUUGCUGUCGGUGCCGCAGCUAUUUUUGCGACCGCCGGCGGCGCGUAAGCGGGCAGACGACGCCAAGGCGCAGUUCACACAUCCGGACAGCGACCACCUGACGCUCCUCAACGUGUACCACGCCUUCAAGGGCGAGGAACUCAAGGGCACGACGGACAUGCGCAAGUGGUGCCACGAGUGGUUCUUGUCGUACCGGCACCUGUCGACCGCGGACGACGUGCGGACGCAGCUCAAGUCGUACAUGGAGUCGCACGGCAUCGAGCUGGUGAGCACGCCGUGGGGUGACAAGGACUACUACACCAACAUCCGGCGGGCGCUGGUGUCGGGCUUUUUCAUGCAGGUGGCGCACCGGCAGGCGACGGGCAAGAUCUAUCGCACGAUCAAGGACAACCAGCCGGUGAUCAUCCACCCGAGCACGGGCUUGGCGACAGAUUUCGAGUGGGUGGUGUACAACGAGUUUGUGCUUACGAGCAAGCAGUACAUCCGGACGGUUACGGGCAUCAAACCGGAGUGGCUGCUGGACAUUGCGCCCAACUACUACGAUCUGUCGUCGUUUGAAGAGGGCGAGGCCAAGAUUGCGCUCAAGCGCGUGGCCGACAAGAUCAAGCGGAGAGAGGCCGUGCGGUCUGCAUGA